AUGGAGCAUCAGCCCAGUCGAGAAAAACUUUAUUCAACAACAAAAGGAUAUGGUUUUACACCUGCUUUGCAGAGAACACGUAAGCCAUUUGCCGUUCGUAACAUGCUUACUUUAGCCGGUCUCUUAACAUUUACUGGAGGUGUUUAUGCAUAUUCUCUUUUAGCAGUUAAACAAGAUGAUUUCAGUGAUGUUCCUAUGCCCCCUAAGACAACAGAGAGUGAUGCUACAAAUGAGGCAACUAACAGAGAUUAA